UUGUAACAGAAGAAGGUUUGAAUUGAAGAAAAGAAACCUCCCUUCACGCUCUGUCACCGAAUAUUCACACGCUGUUGCAACAGCAAAGCACAUUCUUUCGUAUCACUGUCUCUCUCUCUUUAAAAUUCUCAAAGCAAAACUUAUAGAGAAGAAAACUACGGAGGAGAGAGAGAGCACCAAAAAGAUCUCUCAUUCUUCUCCACAAUGAACGACCUUUUAAAUGAUGAUUUUGAUACUUUCGAGGCCCCUAGGCAUCAAAAUGAUAGAAAUGGAGAUAUUGAAAUGGGAACACAAAGAGCAAUGAAUUCCGGGGAGCUAGGCCUCGAUGAUUUCUUUAAAAAGGUUCAACAAAUUGAGAAACAAUAUGAAAAACUGAACGGACUACUCCAGAAACUUCAGGAUGCUCAUGAGGAAUCAAAGGCUGUUACAAAAGCUGCUGCUAUGAAAGCAAUUAAGCAGCGAAUGGAAAAAGAUGUCGAUGAAGUCGGAAAAAUAGCUCGAUUAAUCAAAUUAAAAAUUGAGGAACUUGAUAAAGAAAAUCUAGCCAAUAGAAACAAGCCGGGAUGUGGUAAAGGAUCAGCUGUUGACAGAUCAAGAACAGCUACAACCGUUUCCUUGAAAAAGAAGUUCAAAGAUAAGAUGGCCGAGUUUCAGACUUUAAGAGAAAACAUCCACCAUGAAUACCGUGAGGUUGUUGAAAGGCGAGUAUUCACAGUGACGGGUAAUCGAGCUGAUGAAGAAACAAUUGAUAGAUUGAUAGAGACUGGGGAUAGUGAACAAAUAUUCCAGAAAGCUAUUCAGCAACAAGGGCGAGGACAGAUAAUGGGCACUCUAGCUGAAAUUCAAGAGCGCCAUGAUGCAGUCAGAGAAUUAGAGAGAAAGCUUCUUGAGUUGCAACAGAUAUUCUUGGACAUAGCAGUGCUGGUUGAUGCUCAAGGAGACAUGCUUGAUAAUAUAGAAUCACAGGUUUCAACUGCUGUAGACCAUGUGCAAUCAGGGAAUACUGCUUUACAAAAGGCGAAGAAACUACAAAGGAAUUCCAGAAAAUGGAUGUGCUUUGCCAUCAUUAUCCUCCUCAUUAUUGUUGCAAUCAUCGUCGUUGGCGUGAUUAAACCAUGGANAUAUAUAUAUAUAUAUAAUGGAUACUAUCACUGCAUAUGCUAUUAA